AUGGAUCCCUUCAUCAUCCUGGUAAUUUGUCUUUCAUGUUUGAUUAUUUUUUCUAUGUGGAAUGGAAGCUAUGCCAGAAGGAAGCUCCCACCCAGAUCCACUCCUCUCCCAAUUGUUGGAAAUAUUCUACAGUUAAAUACGAAGGAUAUCAGCAAAUCCAUAAGCAUGGCAACAAAAGAUUAUGACCCUGUGUUCACUGUAUAUCUUGGCAUGAUGCCCACUGUGGUCUUGUAUGGAUUUGAAGCAAUCAAGGAAGCACUCAUUGAUCAAGCAGAAGAAUUUUCCAGCAGAGGGAGUUUCCCAGUGUUAGAAGAAAUCACUAAAAAAUUAGGACUUAUUUUCAGCAAUGGAGAAAGAUGGAAACAAAUUCGACAUUUUUCCCUAAUGAUUUUGCAGAAUAUGGGAAUGGGGAAGAAAACUAUUGAAGACAAAAUUCAAGAGGAAGCCUUGUGUCUGGUGAAAGAACUAAAACCAACACAUCUAUCUCCCUGUGAUCUCGCUUUCCUUCUGGCCUGUGCUCCCUGCAAUGUGAUCAGCUCUAUCAUUUUCCAGGAUCGUUUUGACUAUGGUGAUCAGAAAUUUCCAACCUUGCUUAAGUAUUUUCAUGAAAAACUUGAAAUUGUAAGCACCUCCAGGAUACAGGUAAGAUCAAGGUUCUCUACGAAUGGUAACCGAGCCCCCAGCCCCUGCCGGCAAGGCACCUGCAGCCCCGCGCCGCGCGCGCCCAUUCCCGGCCCGGAGCCCUCUCCUUGCGCGGCCCCGCCGGGCCAUCCCGUCGCGCCCCCCACCCUCGAACUCAAGCCACCGUGGAGCUCCGCCGCCCUGAAACGUUCACCGCGA